CCAACUGCCACUUAUACCUCCUCACUUAGAUCAGAGCUGGUCUCUUUCCGCACGCCCGCCUCCUGUCCAAUGUCCGCUGCCGGCCAGCAGUAAAUACCCUCCUUCUGUAAUAUGCUGGACGUCUCCGACGUUGCUGGUCCAAUGAGCAAUGUUCUCCUCUACAGUGACGCGCUCGCUCUCCUUACCUGGCUCACUGCGUUCUUGCCAUCCUCUAGGACGUUGACGUACAUAUUUGUACCUUUACUGCUCUUCCUAUGUGCUGCUUCUGGUCUUGUCCGUAUAAUCGUGCGCCAACAGAUCUCACCGCUUCGCCGCCUUCGCGGUCCUCCAUCCCCAUCCUUCUUCAUGGGAAACCUUGCGGCCAUGCAUGACCAGGAGAACAAUAACCUCAUUGCAACUUGGGAGGCGGACCAUGGCCCAGCGUUCAUUUACCAUGGCUUGUUUGGAGGUGCUAGGCUGAUGAUUACUGACCCCCGAGCUGUUGCUCACGUCCUUGGCAACGCGUAUGAUUAUCCAAAGCCCGAUUUCGUGAGAGACAGUCUGGCGAGCAUGGCUGCUGGUCACGAUGGUUUGCUCACUUCGGAAGGCGAGCAGCACAAGCGGCAGCGUAAAAUAAUCUCUCCUGCAUUCUCCGCCGGGAGCAUCAGAGCAGUCCUACCCAUCUUCUGGGAGAAAGCUGGCGAGCUUCGCGACAUCUGGCUUCGAAUCAUUGAUGACGACGACGAGGGUGUUGAUUUGUCCACGCGGUUGAAUUUGACUGCGGAGCAAGGCGGUACGCGAAUUGAUGCGUUGGCAUGGCUUGGUCGUGCUACCUUGGAUGUUAUUGGUUUAGCAGGGUUUGGAUAUACCUUCAACUCUCUCACGGAUGAAUACAACGAACUUGCGCUCGCGUUCGCGGCUGUGUUCACUACAGCUCGUAAAUUUCGGGUCAUGACAAUUUUACAAGCUUGGUUUCCUAUAUUGCGCAUCUUCCGUGAAGAAAAUGAGACGGAGGCUCGUACUCGAACUAAAAUCCGAGAUAUCGGGUUAGGUUUAAUUGCAGAACGAAAAGAAGCAAUCCUUGCAGAGUCUGCUCUUACCGGUUCGAAGGAAGACCCAAAAGACCUUGGCAAUGACUUGCUCAGCGUGUUGAUUCGUUCAAAUUUGGCGACAAUGCCCUCACAGCAGAUGUCAACCCAGGAGAUUCUCUGCCAGAUUUCGACGUUUAUGGCUGCGGGUCAUGAAACAACAGCUUCUGCUCUUGUUUGGAUUCUGUACGCUCUGUCACAACAUCGAGACAUUCAGAAACUUUUGCGAAUGUCCUUGCAGGAGCUCUCUCCUUCGUCAGUGACACUCGAUGACAACUUACAACGCCAUGAGUAUUUGGAUUGGGUCGUGCGAGAGGCAUUGCGUCUAUACGCUCCGGUAUCAAGUACAAUGCGUGUGUGUGAUUCACCCAGCGGAUGGGAUGAGAUACCCCUAUCAGGCAGCGUCACGGACCGGUAUGGUCGUGAGAGUAGGACUGUUCGCAUACGACGUGGGGACAUUGUGAGCAUUCCACUUGCAGCUGUGAAUCGACGGAAAGAGGUGUGGGGGGAAGAUGCAAUGGAGUUCAAACCGGAGCGCUGGGGUAACCUACCAUCGUCCACGAAUACGAUACCAGGCCUAUGGUCAAACAUAUUGACGUUCUUGAACGGCAACCCUGUCAAUGGAAAUCGUUCAUGUAUCGGUUAUAAGUUUGCAAUUGCCGAAAUCAAGGUCUUUUUAUAUGUCUUGCUGCGCGACCUUGAUUUCAGCAUAGACCCUGCUUUAGUCAUUGAACGCAAAGUCAAUGUUGUGACUCGUCCGUGUGUCAAGUCUGAGCCCGAGAAGGGAAAUCAGAUGCCACUGCUAGUUCGACGUGUGCAAGAUGCGUCUCCGCUGCCUUCUGCAGUGUUGUCAAAUCCAACGGGCUUCGGGGAGAGCGCUCCGCGCCGACGACGAUGAACGUUUUGCAGCAUAUCGCGGACCGGGUAACCGCCUGUGAGGUCCUGGUAUAGUCAUAGUGGGACAACUAGCGUGAUGCCGUAAGGUUGACUUCUGCUACAGCUGCAUACCCUGUGUGGUAUGUCAUUGCGGGCUAUCAGCACUUGGACGUGCCUCUGCUAGUGUCAUUGAACACGAUGUCGAGCACUUCCCUCCCAUGCGGCGCUUUGCCUUUGCUGCAUCUGCACCACUAUCAAAACUCUGUCUUAGUGUCGGUCUAUGCGACACCUGUAUACUAUCAACUCAUCCCAUUUCAUUCCACCUGCAUCCUCCUACUCAGCCUCAUGUACGCAUGUCUUCAUUUAUUCUUCCUGCUUAUGUCCACAGUUUGCAUACAGCAGCAUCGUUUGAUACAUCACUAUAGUAUCCUUCUUUCCUCUUUCGACCGCUCAAUUUCUCAAUCUCGUCCUUUUCUCUACUGCAAUUCCUUUAUGCACUUCUAUUGCUCUGUCAUUUUUGUCCCACUUAAUAUUCGCAUGUUUGUGCGCAUCUUGUAUU